CGCACGCCCGCCCGGCCGCCUCCGGCGCCAUCUUGCCGCGGCGGCGGGGAGCGAGCGGGCCCGGCCAUGCCGCACUUCCAGGCCUGGGAGGAGUUCACCCGCGCCGCCGAGAAGCUCUACCUCGCCGACCCCAUGAAGGUGCGUGUUGUCCUAAAAUACCGACAUUGUGAUGGGAACCUCUGUAUCAAAGUGACAGAUGAUGUGGCUUGUUUGCUGUACAGAACAGACCAGGCACAAGACGUGAAGAAGAUCGAGAAAUUCCACAGUCAGCUCAUGCGGCUCAUGGUGGCCAAGGAAUCCCGCAGUGCUGCCAUGGAAACAGACUGAAGGGCUGCGAAUCAAACCCGUGCUCCGGUCAUAUUUCACUGCAAGCAAAUCUUUUGGAUUUGAACGAAAAACUGGGGCAGGAGAUGCUUUUAUGUACUGAAGUGGACUGAUGGCAAGUCUGAAGCAUUUUCACCCCUCAGACUCCACUUUGGAAAUCUAGGAAAAUAAGUGCUUUCAAUUGAAAGCUUAUAUUUAUUUUUGGGUAUUAAGCAACUAUUCUUACAUGUAGGUAUGCUAAGAAGACAAGCAAAUAUUUUAAAUCUACAAUAUGUUAAUGCAAAUUUGAUAGGCCACAGGCAUACUUCUGGAAAGUUACUGUAAAAUUUCAUAUAGAUUUCAUUAUGUUCAUACCUUAUGCUGGUGUAUUCUCAAAAUGAGAGGGUUUAUUAAUCUAAUACUGUAGCAUGGUGACUGGGUCUAAUAAAUAUUGAUAUACAUUAUAUACAUCUGUUGGGUUUAGAAUAACAGAUGUUUUCUGAAUUGAAAUGUUGAAAUUGCCAAUUUUUAUUACCACUGUCACUGGCAGCACUCUAUCUUUUGGUAUUGCUCUCAGUUAUAAGAUGUGCAACAUUAUCCAUAAUGCAGUUUGUAGAACUCUUAUAUUGGCUAAGUGAUUAAACUUCUGUAUUUUAAAAAUUAAAAUAGAAUUUCACUUGAAUAUUCCUAGAGAUCUGUAAGAAACUGGGAGGGUUUUUUUCUGCUUGUGCAGAAAAAAACAGUCAGUGGCUUUUUUACAUACUUGAACUAUUUUGUACUAGCAGGGGUUUGUUUUCCCAUCCUUGCUUCAGGCAGAGUUGAAGUAUAUCAGCAAGACAAAUUCUAGAAGCUCUUGCCUAUUAUGUUAAUAGAAAAUAUCCAGCUGAACGCUAUCCAGAUUCCUUAUUCUAGCAGCUUGUUAACUGCAUUUUCAAAUGUUACAUGUGGCAGGUGGAUGUCAGCCAAAUGAAUAAAUGGAUGAAAACAGCUUAAUAAAUACUUAAAUACCACUGUCAGAAAUAGACCAAUACUCCUGCAGCUUAGAUGUGAUUCUCACAGUAACCUCUGGUAGCCUGAUGGAAGCUUUAAUUGUCUCUUGUAAAAAAGCUUUUUGUUUGAAAACCCAGUACCUAAAAUUGAUACUCCUUUGACUAGGUCUUGCAUACUUGAACACAGAUGAACAUUUUCAUGUAAUUAGGCUAUUGGUAUAACUAGGUGCUUUCAGAACUGAUUUUUUUAGGUUAAACCAAGCCACAAAAGUAAAGCAGGACCAUACUUCUAGUGGCAUUUAUAUAUAACGAAACAACCUAUUUAAGUAGCUACCUGCUGUGAGUUACAUAAAAAUAAUGGAGCUACUGGGAAGCAGUGGAAUUUCCACAUUUGCCAAAAGCUUGGAAAAAACCCACCAGGCUUGAAUAUUGCAUUGGAGUACCCUUUCAGUUGAACUCAGAAUGUUGCACAUUGUUGGAAAAUACCGCAGCAGUAAAUUCCUGGUGACUGCUUAAAAUUCUAGUCUGCAACAGUGACUGGUAUGUGUGUAACAUUUUUGUAUUGGCUUUUGAAAUAUAAAUAAAGCCAGAGAGGAGGCUGGGCUUGGUUCAUUGUUAAACUGUCAUGAGAUACUGUAACACUGAAAUUUUUCAUUGGUGCUCCAAAUAACUUACCUAAUAUUUGCAAUAUAGUAGUAGAGAAACUGGGUGUACCAAGUGGCUGAAAGGCUUCAGCUUUAUACUCCAGUAGAUUUUAGAGGAGGAGCAAUUACAGCACUGUAUAUUAGAGGAGCAGUUCUUGGGCAAAACAGGCAAGGGAAUACAUUUCUACUUUUCUAAAUUCAGAAAUUAUUUCCCUAUGACCCUGGGGAAAACCUAUUGCUACUUUUGUAAGAGUUAUGUGUUGUUAAGCUUGUUCUCCAUAUACUCAGAUAAAAUAGAGUGGCUCUGUGCAGUCCAAAUGCAAAAGAAAAUACUACAAAGCAGUUGCUUAAGAAAAUGAAAUUGUAUGGAAACUUGUUUAGAAAAAUAUAGGUGCAUCAUAACUUUGUCCUGGGAUUUUCAGCCAUUUCCAUACCAUGUUCAUGGAGCAGUAUAGAAGCUCUGAAUUCCAAGCUCUGUUUCUUUCAUGCCUGUAUUCUUGCUGAGAGUAUGUCUGCUUAUGUACACUGAUCACUUCCCUAAUAAACAUCCACUGAGUUGGUCCAUCAUGUUGCCAGCUA